AGGGAUCUAUCACCACAAUCGGUAUACCUACUACUUUUAAGUGCUACCAUGUGAUAUUUAGACACAGACCAUAGGUGGCAGAUUUUGGAGAUUUAAGCCAGUUGCUAUUGUAAAGGGUAUUUCUGUAUGGAGCAAUUGCAUUAAACUAUGGGUACAAGCCUAUUUUAUCUACACUCGGGACUUCUCUUAUGAAUUCAGCGCUACCAUGUGCAAAGAUAUGUCUUGCUAAGAAUUUUCACAGAUAUCGUAUCCAUAGUCUCGGACUGUGACUCGAUUUGGCCGUGGGUAUGAGAUGUAAAAGUUUAAGAAGUAAACAGAUGCCGUAGGGAAAGUGUACCACGUUUGCACGGGGCAACAUCCAGCAAGUUACAUAGUACAACCAGAUCAACCCCCCGCUAGUGAAUGUUUAAUCAGAGAACUGCACGCAAUUUACAUACACUUUUGUAAUGACUUUAUAUUAUUACCUAUAACCUAGCUUCAUAUAUACAAGGAACCAACAAACACUGUGUCCCGCUUUCUUAAUAAUAGUGCAUGCUGUAAAAUUUAGAACUAUGCAUCUACUCAUACUUCAGGAAAGCACCACCUUUAACAAGUUCAAAUCCAGGUUUAAACUUUCUAUCUUGAUUAAUUUCUUGUCUGGUUUGGCACUUGUCGGUUAAUUCCACUUUAACUAAUUCUUUAACCAUAGCUAAUUGGUUAGCAAUACGAUGGUCGACUUUUUGAUACUUGAUAUAAUUUCGCUUUCUGAGUCCUAAAGCUGUGAGAAUUUGGCGCUUUUUCUCGGGCAUCCCUAUGACUGAUCUUACUUGAGUUAUUUUGUAAUACAUUUGCUUAGCUGUGGACAUCUUGAAUAGUAUGUUGUGUUAGUUUCAGCUUAGUGCCUGUCUAUGUUGUAACAAAUAUUCAUGGUGAAAAAAACAAAAAAAAAUUUUAGGCUCAAGAGUCAGUCGUGCAUUUGGGCGAAAAUCACCAUACAUCAAUAUCACAAUACUUUGAUAAUACUAGAUCACGUCUAAAAUCACAAUAUAUCACUUGUCUCGUCGAGUCAAACAAGUCAAUGGACUCGCCACAAGAACAGCAAAUCAUUAAAAAGAAUGAACAGUUGCAAAAUGAUAUAAAGUCCUACCUCAGUCAACUAGUGCAACUCUCCCAUACCGAAUCAGAUCCAAGAAAUGUCACUGUCAAACUUAUAAACCUAAUCAACCAAUUCGAACCAAAUCCAAAACUUCUUGAUCCUAACCUUGAUGAAUUUAUUGAGAUAUUGAUGAACUUAUACUUGAGCAGUCCUCACACGUCUAUCAAGCAAGCUAUUGGUGAAGUUGUCUAUACAUUUGCCAAAAUACGCGGAUUUAAGCAGAUUACACUAUACUUUUCAAGUGACAUAUACGUUAUAUCGAAGCUAAUUAACCUAACCGGGAAUUUAACCAAUGAAUUUGAGAUCUUUUUGUGUUUGAUAUGGCUAUGUAAUCUAGUUCUUGUUCCUUUUGAUUUGCAUGACAUUGAAGAGAAUUUGCAGAUACAAUUGUAUGAUAUUGCAAUACACAUUUUGAACAAAUACAAUAAUGGGUCAAAGAAUCAGGUUAUUGCCCUGAUUUUGCUAUCUAGAUUGUUAACGAGGUCAGACUGUGAUCUUUUACUGGGGUAUUUUCAAGGUAUGAAUAGAAAUUGGCCAUUUGAAACUGAAGACUCGAAAUUAGGGUACUUUUUAACCAUUAAUAAAGUACUCAAGAGAAAACAGUUAACUGCUGAGCAUAUUAAUAUGAUUUACCAUGUGAUUAUCCAUGAUUUACUCAUAGGCACCACAUCCACACUUAAUAUCGUCUAUCUGAUUAAAAUACUAAGCAAAUUAGGAAAAUACUAUAUUAAACAGAGGGAGUAUACUACCGUCAACCUGAUAGUCAACAAUCUAAUUAAUGACAUAAUGAAUAAGAUGAUUCUGCAAUUCGACACAAAGUUGCGAUUCUCAAUGGCAAAAGGAUUAAGUGGUUUGGUUAAAGAAUUAUCGCAUACAGCGGUGAAUUACCAGUGUCAACUCAUAGAUUUCAUAGUGAGUCAGUUAGAAAUACCUAAUCCCGAUGAAAUAGUGGACCUAAACCUAAGGUAUAACGAGCUUAACAUUGCAAAAUAUCAUACAAUAUUACUCACGGUGGGAUAUAUCUGUCUCAACAAGUCAUUGCCACAACAAUAUACCACUAAACUUCUUAACAUUUGUCAUCAGUGCCUUUUCUUCAAGAUUAAACGGCUUUCAAUCACACUAGGAAAACAAAUUCGUGAUUCUUCCUGUUUUAUAAUCUGGUCAAUAUGUAGAUGCUACUAUGAUGAACAUAUCAAUAUUAUACUAGUUGAUUUAAUCAAAGCAUUGAUCUUUGAUACCGAUUUGAUUAUCAAAAAAUGCUGUAUUGCCGUGAUUCAAGAAAUUAUGGGAAGAUUUAAUAACAAGCUUAUAAAGAUGGAUGGCGAAUCGCGAGGCGAAUUUGUCAUUCUGUUUAUGAAUAUCUUCAACGAGUUGACACUUACUGAGGGCAUUACUUAUGAAGUGGUUGAUUUACUUUUGGAUAAAUUAGACUUGUCGUUUUUGGUCCCCGAAUUAGUCAAAGUUAUAUGUGAAGAAGACGCUGAUGGAAGAUAUUUAAGGAAGUUGAUUGAUCAGAAUAGCCAAUAUGAGCUUAUUCCAAGAUAUGAAUACAAUAUUGAUGACAUAAUUGAACAACUAGUCAAGCAUAACCGAUAUCAUAUUUUAUAUGACUUGCCCGAGCUACCAAUUGAAAGGUUAACUAUAUUUGAAAAUUUUCACUACGAAGACCAUAAACAAGAUAUGGCGUUGGGGUAUUUGAAAUUCUUGACGAGCGCAAUUAGUUUGACAGAUUUGGAUUGGACUAAUUUGUUCAAGAUUAUCAACUUGAAUAGAUUUAGCGAUGCAUUCCAAGUGUUGUUCUCACAAAUUGAUGUGUUACCAUACGAACUGAUUUUAUAUCACUUGCCGAAUUCUACCGUUUUGUCCAAUUGUUUAUUCAACUAUAAACACUUUACUCAAAGUCAAUUGAAGGAAAUAGUUCAUGUAAUGAAAGACCCUACUGUCAAUGCUGAUAUUCGAGCAAACUUAAUUAAUAACUUAAGCGAUAAUUUUCGCGAAAGUUUAACUGACAAGCUCUAUGACUUAUUUGACGAUUAUACAAUUACAAUUCAAGGUGAUGUAGGUUCAAAGAUCAGAACAGCAAUGAUUAACCUAGUGAGAGCUAAUAUUGAAUUGUAUAGACAUGACAAAAAUGUUAAACUUAAGCUAAUUAGAUUAUCGGGUGAAUUAAUGGAUAAAAUUAGAUUUGCCCUGUUUGGACUAUUGCAUGAAUCGCUAGAAAUUCCAACACCGCCACUUGAUAACUACUGGGGUGAGUUGUUUCAGUUUUAUAAGACGUUGCAGCUGGGACAGAGCGAAUUUUGGCGAGGGGUCGUGUUUACCUUGGGGUCAUUCACUGGGAAUCAACAGGUUUUAAAUGAUGCCUUUGACAAGUUGUUAUGGUAUGGUCCUACCAACGAAGAUUUUCAGUGUUUGCUUGAAAUUUUGUCCAGUUCUGGUGAUUCUCGUCAUGUCAAAUGUCAAAUAGUGACCUUGAAUUUAUUUUUAAAGUUAUUUCAAGCAAACUUCCAGUUUCCUCACGAAUUCAAUCACAGAGAUUUAUUUGUCAAGAGUUAUAAUCUUCAUAUAAACACAAACAACGCUACUAGAAUAACCGCGGUGAUCCGCUUGUUCUACUUCUUGUCCCAAAUACCUGAUUUUCAAGCCAAAAUAUACUCUCGGUUUAUAUGGCUACUCAAAAAUCACAAACUUGAGAAAGUCCGACUUGUGCUUGGUCAAGAAAUCCUAUUUGAAGUAGUAAAUGAUUUACAAAACGAAUAUUUAUUAACACAGUAUCAAAGUAUUGAUUGGUUUAACCUAAAUGAAAAACAUAUACAAACUAUCCAAGAUAUACUUAAACAAUAACCCAAAAAACUCUAGCAGUACACAUAAAAAAAAUUGUUUAGAGAGAUAAUACCAAAUUAUCUGAAGAUUGAUGAUACACUUCCUGUUGAAUUAUUUUUGAAAUUGCCGGAUUUGAAGGAAGCUCUUCUUCGAUUUCUUGUGUUGGUUCUGGUUCUGGUACCGACUGUUCUUCGACGGUAUGCUCAGUUGGAGUAAUGUCUAUAGUUUGUUCUUCUGGUUGUUCUUCCGGAGUGUGUGAAAAUAAGCUGAACUUCAUAAUAAUGUAAAUCUAUAUAUAUAUAUAUGAUUAAAAUAAUACAGAAAAGAAGAUCAAAAAGAGAAAAUUUUCAUCAGGAAUUUUGAUCUAUUUAUACCAAAGUGAGGAGAAGGCUGUCAAAAUUCUUAUUGGUAAUGGCAAAGGUGGGGAACGACACGAUAAGGAAGCAUGAU